AUGGUCCUGAACGAAUUCCUCACUGAGCAUCCAGAUGUCAUGGAUGAUAUCGAAGAGCUACUUCAAGUAGGAUUAUGGACAAGCGCGGCAAUUAUUAUUGACAGAUCAUCCAACAACGCGAAAGCUGCGGCAGAAUUUCUGGAAAAAAUGCCAGGAGACUGGCCUGCAACAUGCAGCUCUUUUAUUUUAAAAGCUAUGGAAUCGAAUGAAUACUGGUAUGGUCUGGACGAAAAAAACGCUGGAGCUGUUCUGGACCGCAUGGCCAAAUUUGUAGUGGGGCUUAGAUCUCUGCAUCAAAUUAAGACGAUUGCUGAUAUUGCGUACAACCAAGCCGAAAGGUGCAGUCAGAAGGCCACCAUUCUUCAUACAUUCGCUUCAUGUCUUUUCUUGCGGGGAGUACCAAAUGAAUGGAAUCCUCGUCCAGCAUCUGUUCCAGUCGCUACUGGCCCGAAUUUGAUUGCGGUAAUAACGAAAGAAGGGAACGCCGCUUACUGGGGUGAAUACUCAGCUUCCACACUGAAAAUGGACAGGUUUACUGUAAACAUGAAUGUGACUUCUAUCAAGCCCCCACGUAUAUUCGAUGCGCUCGAUCAACUCUGCAGCAUCGCUUGUGGAACGGAACACCUGCUAGGCUUAACGGCCCAUGGAAAAGUCUACUCUGUUGGUGCAAAUCGUUACGGACAGUGCGGUGUCGGACAUAAGAAUAAAGUUGAGAGCGCUGUGGAAAUUGUUGGCAAUUACGGAUGCGCAAAAAUGAUAACUGCUGGACAGUAUCAUUCUGCCCUUGUCAACGAGCAGGGACAGGCUUUCACUUGGGGCUGGUCAUUUUACGGUCAACUCGGAAACGGUUCUGUAUUCGAAGACGUCACAGAGCCAUAUUUUGUCAAAUUCUUCACGUAA